GAAAAAAAAAAAAAAAAAAGAAAAAAAAAAGAAAAAAGCAAGAGAGGCGUAUCUGAAUUCUGAACCCAAUCGCCGAAUCUCCUCCCCCUUUCCCCCUCUGUCCAACUCUAUCCAAUCCCUAACCCUAACGACAAGCGAUCCCUUCGUGCCCUAAUCCCCUUCGAUCGGUCCGCGGCGCUCCGCCGAUUGUUCCGUGCCAUCGGCGGCGUGCCAUCGAUCGCCGCCGCAAGAAAACGGCGGUGAAUUUCUCUUCUUCUUCUUCCUCUUUCUGAUCCAACAUCCGGACUAUCAAACGAUUCCAAAAGAAGGGUUAGAUCGGAUCGGUAGAGCCAAGAAUGGCGGAUUGGGACGAAGAAGAUUUUGAGCCAACAGUACCUGUUGUUAAAUUUGAACAGCCAAAAAGUAAGUGGGCUGAUGAAGAUGUAGAAGAGGAAGAUGUUAAGGAGUCAUGGGAAGAUGAAGAAGAGGCCACGCAGGUGCCGAAAUCAGAGGCCGUAGUCGAAAAGACUGUGUCAAAGCCUAGCGGUAAAGCCGCUACCAAAAAAGGAAAAGGAAAACAGCCUGAAACGAAGUCUAUUGAAGUUGCAAAUGAAGUUCACAUAGAUCCCAUUGCAGAGAAACUUCGCCAGCAACGGCUCGUGGAAGAAGCUGAUUACAAGUCGACUGCAGAAUUGUUUGCCAAGAGAGGUGAUGAAAAAUCUCUAGAUAAUUUUAUCCCCAACUCAGAGAGCGACUUUUUGGAAUAUGCAGAGCUUCUCUCACAUAAGAUUCGGCACUACGAGAAAAGCUUUCAUUAUCUAGGCCUUCUCAAAGCAGUCAUAAGGCUCUCCAUGACUUCGUUGAAAGCUGCAGAUGCUAAGGACAUAGCUUCCUCUGUAACAGCGAUCGCCAAUGAGAAACUCAAAGCGGAGAAGGAAGCUAACGCGGGCAAGAAAAAGCUGGGGCCGAAGAAGAAGCAGCUUCAUGUUGAUAAGGUAGAUGAUGACAUAGUUGGGGGUGCCUAUGAUGCUUUGGAUGACUAUGAUUUUAUGUGAGCGGCUGAGAUAUAUUUUUCUUCUCCCUGUAUACCUUUUCAAACUGAUAAAACAGAGAUUGCGGCAUCGUGCUAUUGAGGAAGUCUGAGUGCUAUUGCUGUUUGUUGAUAUUUCUCCGGCUUUUCUGAGAGUAGUUUUGGCAAUCAACUUUAGAAAAGAGCAUGUUGUGAAUCUUGUCAUGCGUCAGGUUGUUUGGGCUAUUUCUCCUCGAUUUUCCUUCCUUUUUUACCUUUUUUAUUCCCUCUUGUGGCUGAUGUUAUUUGUAAACCCCAUUGUUAGUUUUGUCUUAUACACUUUUUUCCUGGCUUGAUCAUUUAUGGCUAAAUAUGGAAGAGUGAGGUUUAGGUUUUUAUUCAAGUUUUUUUGACAGAUUCAGUUUCUCUAGUGUUGUGAACAUUUUUCUGGCUAGCUGAAAACCUGAAUUAUUCAGUUUGCAUUGCGUGCUCUUGAUCCGAAUAUUUGAUGUUGCAUUAAACAGUGAAGAGUUAUGAUA